CAUACCAUUGUACCAGUGACUCUUCUUUCUAUUUAAAAUAGAAUAUUUUUAAAAACUGUAAUUUUUAAAAAAAUGUAAACUUUGACUACUGUGGUUUCUAUUAAAGUAAUAUCUAGAUGUUAAUUUGUAUUAAACAUUUUUAAUGUAAUUAAAUAAAUGAGAUUAAUUUUGUUAUUUUACUUUUGUAAAUAUUUAAAUGGUUUAUUUGUAAUGUAAAUAUUUGUUUAACAUAGACUUAACUAAGACCUCAAUGUUUCAAUUAAGAGUCCUUUGAGGCUAAGAUGACUGCCUGUUCCAUUUGCUGACCCUGGGUUGCCUUUCCAUGAGUGGCUCUUUGACCUUUGUGGCCCUUGGCUGACCAAAAGGAAGCCAUGUGACGACCGCAACUUUUUCCCAUUAGACCUGGGUGGUGAGGACCCCAAGGGUUAGAGAGAGAUGUGAUUAAUCUGAAAUAGGUGCCUGAAAACCAUUAUUCAUGUCAGAUAUUCAGAAAACUUUAAAUCAAUGUGGAUAUGGUUAUAGAAGAAGUGGAAGAGAUAAGUAUGGGCCUCCGACCCGUACUGAAUACAGAUUGAUCGUUGAAAAUCUGUCAAGCCGUUGCAGUUGGCAGGAUUUGAAGGAUUAUAUGCGUCAGGCAGGUGAAGUGACAUAUGCUGACGCACACAAAGGGAGAAAAAAUGAAGGUGUGAUUGAAUUCAAAUCUUAUUCAGACAUGAAAAGAGCCCUUGAAAAACUGGAUGGGACAGAAGUAAAUGGUAGAAAGAUAAGACUAGUGGAAGAUAGGCCUGGGUCCAGGCGCCGCCGUUCUUACUCCAGAAGUCGCACUCAUUCAAGGUCUCGCUCUCGAAGCAGACAUUCCCGUAAAAGCAGGAGUCGCAGUGGCAGUAGUAAAAGCAGCCAUUCAAAGAGCAGAUCACGAUCCAGAUCUAGAUCUCAUUCCAGAAGCAAGAGCCGCAGUCGGAGCAAAAGUCACAGCAGAGGCCAAAAGGAAAAAAGCAGGAGUCCAAGUAAAGAUGAUAAAAGCAGGAGCCGCAGUAGAAGCGCUGAGAAAUCUCGAAGUAAAAGUAAAGACAAACCACAGGAUAUAGUUCAAAAUGAUGGUGACCACCAAGCAAAAAGCAGAAGUCCCAGCAAAGAAAAGAGUAAGAGUAAGAGCCGUAGUAGGAGUGGCAGUAAGGAGAGGGUAGAAAGGGAGGAAAGGAGAAGCGUUAGGGGCAGUCGGAGUAAAGAGAGAGAGAAGAGUGUCAGCAAGGGAAGGAGCAGGAGUAAAGAAAGGAGCAGGAGUAAAGAAAGGAGCAGGAGCAAAGAAAGGAACAGGAGCAAAGAAAGGAACAGGAGCAAAGAAAGGAGCAGGAGCAAAGAAAGGAACAGGAGCAAAGAAAGGAACAGGAGCAAAGAAAGGAGCAGGAGCAAAGAAAGGAACAGGAGCAAAGAAAGGAGCAGGAGCAAAGAAAGGAGCAGGAGUAGAAGCCGUAGCAAGAGCAAGGACAAAAGGAAAGGUAGGAAGAGGAGCAGGGAGGCCAGCAGGAGCAGGAGCAGGAGUCACAGCAGAAAUGAGAGAAACAAGAGAAGGAAUAAACGUGACAGCAAGUCUAGUAGCAAGAAGAAAAAGAGAGAAGAUCAAGAGCGGUCCAGGUCCAGGUCUAGGUCUCGGUCUCAAUCCAAGGAAAAAGAGCGUAUAAAAACAGAACCUGACCCAAAAGACGCCAAAGGCGAGGGUGAGGAAAUGGACACCAGUUGUAGAUCAAGAUCAAGAUCAAAUUCCAAGUCUAAAAAUGUCAAAUCAGAAUCUCGCUCCAGAUCCAAAUCCGUUUCAAAGACGAGAUCCCAGUCGAAGUCUAGAUCGAGAUCUGCUUCUAGGUCACAUUCUCGAUCUAGGUCGCGAUCUCGUUCCAGAUCUUAAACUUGCUGCAACCCACAUUUAGAGCUCUAUGAGAAGUCUUUUGUACAUGUUUGGUAGUUGUAGCACAAGUGAUUGGAGUAGAACACAUGUCACUGCUGUACAUUUUUAAUCCCCCCCCCCCAAAAAAAAUGGUGUGUUAGUAAGUGUUUGGUCCAGUGCUCCCUCUCUGUUGCGCGUUCUGGUACUAGAGACCGAGGGCUUUCUUCAGUACGGUGCAUCAUCCUAGAUUUCCAGAACAGCCAUAGAGACGGAGCAUUGCAUUGAUGGGCUUCUAAGAUUGGAAUGAUGACUCCUAGGUAGGUAUGGUAAUUUCAACAAUUUGCCCUUAAAUUGACGCCCCUUGAUGUAUGCCAUUUAGUGAAAAGUGAAAAGUCUUAAAUUUCAUAAUACUUUUUUUUUGUUUCAUAUUUUGGACUUGCAGAGUAUGUGAAUAGCACAGUCAGGAAAAUAGAUACCUACAGUAAACUAUAGGAAGGGAAGAAACAAAAGUAGAGCUCCACAUUCUGGUAUUGUGACAAUAUCCUUGUUUUAUAUUUUUUAUUUUUCCCCAUCUUGCAAAAGUACAGUGACCCCUGUUUCCAUUAAAUUUGAAUAAAGACUAUUUUUGCUUGA